UUGAGAACUCAACUUCUUCACUGGAAAUCAAUCUUCUUACUCUUUACUUCAUUCAUACUUUCCAUCCAAAACUUCAACUUCUCUCAGCCGUAUUGGAUUGAGCUCGAAUAUCGAAUUCGAUUAGCUUGGUUGAGAGAUUGUACUGAAGUUGGAGGAUCUUAGUGCUCUCUCACAUUAUAAUUCAGUUAUAGUGUCAUAAAAAUGGAAGCUAUAAUGAGAGUUGCCACAAAGAAAGGGGUGGUGAUUUUUAGUAAAAGCUCAUGUUGUAUGUGUUAUACUGUCAAAAUUUUGUUUCACGAACUCGGCGUGAAUCCAUUGAUUCAUGAACUUGAUCAAGACCCUGAAGGAAAAGACAUGGAGAAGGCUCUCAUGAGGAUGGGAUGUAACACGGCAGUACCUGCCGUGUACAUUAAUGGUCAGUUUAUCGGAUCCACCAAUGAAAUUAUGUCUCUUCAUCUCGGUGGUUCGUUGCUUCCAUUAGUCAGACCAUUCCAAGCUAUGCUGCCAUGAUAAUUAAUUUUCUUAUAGCGCAGCAUAUAAAAAUGCAUGGUUUACUAAAGGAAACCGUAUAAACUAGCUUUGCAUUGUAUAAUAAUCUACUAACUAGGAGUAUUAAUUAAUUAGAGUUUGAUUAAGCGCGCUUGUUUGUUCCAUUCAGAAAUUGUGUGUUUAUGUAUCUAGUAUUUGCUAAUAAAGGUUUGCUCUUAUUAUAAGCUUGCUUCC